AUUUUUGUUCAGUGGGAUGUCGUUUGUGACAAUUCAUGGAAACUACCCCUCUCUCAGUCUGUACUCAUGAUUGGAGUCCUUUUCGGUAACAUAUUCUUUGGCUCAUUCUCUGACAGAUAUGGUCGCAAAGCAUUGUUCACUUUCGCUCCCAUUAUAUGCUUGACAUCGAGUUUGUUCACAUCAUUUGCACCCAAUCUCUAUGUGUUUACUAUUCUGACGGCUAUAACAGCCGCGUGUAUAGUAGGCAUGAGUCAGGCCUCGUUCAUCAUAGGAAUUGAAUUCAUUGGUGAUAAAUAUCGAGUUCUUUGCGCUAACCUUCAAGAAAUUAUCUAUUCUUCUGGAACUAUACUCUUAUGUAUAAUCGCAUACAAUGUCCGCGAUUGGCGUUACUUGCAAUUGGUUUUGUCACUUCCUAUUAUACUUACAAUAUUCUACCCCUGGUAUGUCCAGUUAUUCCCUGAAUCUAUUCGAUGGCAAGUGUCAAAUGGAAAGUUCAAUAAAGCAUUGAUUACACUACGAAAAGCUGCCCUUUGGAAUGGGUGCCAACUAAAUGAACCGGAAUUCACUCAUCAAAAAAUAUUAAAUCAUUCGAUUAUCGAUUCCAUGAUUUUCUAUGGCUUAUCAUUUCAGGCCUCAAGCAUGGGAUCCAAUACUUAUUUAACACUCGGGGCCAUAGCUGCGGCUGAUAUCCCGGCAAACAUUAUCGUCACUUUAGUCAUGCAAUUCUUUGGUCGCAAAAAGAUUUUGUUUGUAUUUUCAUUACUGGCCGGUCUGUCGUGUUUGAGCACAAUAUUGAUUCCCCAUUCAAGUCCAUUGUUCACAAUUGUGGCCAUAUUUGGCAAAAGCAAUAUUUCCGCCUCUUAUACACUGAUGUAUAUCUAUUCGGCAGAAAUAUUCCCGACAGUAGUCCGGAGUACAGGCAUU